AUGCUUAAAGCAAUUCGUAACUAUUUAGCACUUAAAAAUUAUCAAUAUGAAGUGACAACUGCUUUAUAUAUGCUCGAACCUUGGGAAAAGGCUCUAUUCAAUUCAAUUGUUAUCGUUUUUUUGGCGCUUUUUACAUACACUACAUUCUUUUAUGUCUUUUAUCUUCCUGAACAAUUGGCUUAUUUUGCCUCUAGACUAUCAUACUAUGCUUCGGCUUAUCAUUGA